AUGAACUCGCUGGUCAUCACAUUCGUUUUUCACGCGUGCGGCCAAAUAGAAAUCCUAUGUGACGCGUUGAACGAUUUUUCCUCCAGCAAAUGUAACCAACGCUUGACGUCCUCCAUCGCGGGCGAAUUAGUAAACAAGCAUCAAAAGAUCAUCUCCUUCUCCGAGAAGAUUGAGAGAAUUUUCUGUUACAUCGCGCUGAUACAAGUCAUGUUAAGCUCGUUGGUAAUGUGCUGUUUGGGAUACAUGUUGGUGACAAAGAUUAGCAAAUCACAGGAAGUUGGAUCGAUCGACAAUAAAGUUCUGAUAAAAGUUGCGAUGUGUUAUAUGGCCGCUUAUUAUGCCUCGGUCGAGGCAUUUAUGUUCUGCUUUUGCGGAGAAUACCUCAUCACUAAGGUCGGAACCGCACAAUCUAUUCCUUUAAGCCUUAUUCUCACUUAAAGAUUCCGUCGUCCCGAUAAUACACCCUAUAGAGUAGGACUUCGUUACAAGUCCUCUCGGUAUAAGUCCAUCCCCUUUGACAUAUAUUUUUACUAGUACAAUUUUCG